AUGGACAAAUCAUUAAAUAUUGAACAGCUUACUGAUAUGCUAAAAUUUCUCAUCUAUCUAUCUAUCUACCUAUUUCAGUCGGUUAAUAUCUAUGUAUAUAUCUAUCUCAGUCUGUUAAUAUCUAUGUAUCUAUCUAUCCCAUCUGUUAAUAUCUAUCUAUCUAUCUAUCCCAGUCUAUUAAUAUCUAUCUAUCUCAGUCUGUUAAUAUCUAUCUAUCUAUCUAUCUAUCUAUCUAUCUAUCUAUCUAUCUAUCUAUCUCAGUCUGUUAAUAUCUAUCUAUCUCAGUUUGUUAAUAUCUGUCUGCCUAUCUAUCUAUCUAUCUAUCUAUCUAUCUAUCUAUCUAAGUCUGUUAAUAUCUAUCUAUCUCUCUCUCUCUCUCUCUAUCUAUCCUUAAAAGCAUCUACACGACGAGCGUUUGAUGUCUAUACGACAGUUUGUGACACAAGAGAAUGUCUAAUGGAAAGAGAUCAGGUGACUGAGGUUCAACGAGUGAACUUCCUCUACUAA